AUGUCCAAGUCUUUCAUUUUCGUCACCGGCAACGCCAACAAGCUCCGCGAGGUCAAGGCUAUCCUUGCUAGCGGCGACAGCGAUAUCGAGUGCACCUCGCAGUCGGUCGACGUCCCCGAGCUCCAGGGCACCACCCAGGAGGUCGCCAUCGCCAAGGUCAAGGACGCGGCGGAGAAGCUCGGCGCUGCCUGUGUCACCGAGGACACUGCGCUGUGCUUUGACGCGCUCAAUGGCCUCCCCGGUCCUUACAUCAAGGACUUUAUGGCCGGUAUUGGCCACGACGGCCUGAACAAGAUGCUUGUCGGCUUCAACAACACCAAGGCUACCGCUCUUUGCACGUUUGCCUACUCGGCCGGUCCCGGUACGGAGCCGAUCCUCUUCGAGGGUCGCACCGAGGGCAACAUUGUGCCCCCUCGCGGUCCCACCGCCUUUGGCUGGGACCCGUGCUUCCAGCCGAUCGAGGGUGGUGGCCUGACCUACGCCGAGAUGGCGCACGAGGACAAGAACAAGAUCUCGCACCGCUACCGCGCGCUCGAGAAGCUCAGGAUCUACCUCGCCAGCCAGUAG